AUGAAUUUCAAAAUCAAUAUCGAAGAACCUGGGACGAACAAUUUUAGCUUCGUGCUUACGGGUAGAAUCCCAAUCAGCUGUAAGUGUAACCCAGCUGCGAAGGGACCCAGCGAGUCAACCAGUAAAGUUGUGUCCGAAGAGGUUGAGGAUGAACUGGACGAGUUAGCUUUGGACGAGCCUCGAGAAGCGGCAAAGAAGAAAAAGAAGAAGAAAAGUAAAAGCAAGAAGAAAAAAGAACCACUUCAGCAAACUGACCCGCCAUCUAUUCCUGUUGGUGAGCUUUUUGCAUCUGGCGAGUUUCCAGAGGGUGAAAUUCAACAGUACAAGGACGAUAACCUAUGGAGAACUACAUCUGAGGAAAAGAGAGAACUGGAACGACUGGAGAAACCACUUUAUAAUGCAGUUCGACAAGCAGCAGAAGUCCACCGUCAGGUUCGACAAUACAUGAGGAAAAUUUUAAAGCCUGGAAUGUUGAUGACAGACUUGUGUGAGACCUUGGAGAAUACAGUUCGUAAGUUAAUAUCGGAGAACGGUUUGCAAGCUGGCAUUGCAUUUCCUACUGGCUGCUCAUUGAACUGGGUUGCUGCCCAUUGGACUCCAAAUACUGGGGAUAAAACUGUGCUUCAGUACGAUGAUGUGAUGAAACUGGACUUUGGAACUCACAUUGAUGGUCAUAUAGUGGAUUGUGCAUUCACUGUGAUAGCCAGACUCGACAGGCUGGACGAGUGCGGAAAGUUCCAGAAGUACAAACUCGGGUCGCUCGUGGGGCUCGCCGGCCGACCUGCGGUCAACACCAAGAAGCCGAAGGUGCUUAUCUCGAAGGCGAUCGAGGUCGAGAUGGCCGAGAAAACGCACGACGAGGCGGGUCAGGUCGAGAAAUUGAAAGGCGAAUUGGAACGGAUGGCCGACCGGGUGUCUGGAGCCGACAAGAAGGCGGAGGAUUCGGGAAUGAAGGCGUUAACGAGGGAUCUAAGGGAGAAUUUCGAAGGUUUGGACGAUAUUUACGUUUGGCACGCGCUUGCAGGAGCUUGGGGUGGGGUCCGCCCGGGUGCGACUCGUCUCGAGUCGAAAAUCGAGUCGUGCAAAUUGUCCCCGGGGCUUAAAGGGACCAUGAAGGACCUUGCGGUUGUUAUGUUGGUCGAGGGCUCGUGGACCCCGCUCGAGCAGAGGAUUUUUACGACUCCAUGUACUCGAACCUUUAUGAGGUCGGGAUCACGGGGGUGA